AUAAAUAUGUGAAAUGUGAAAUUCGAAACUGGAUUACAAAGAAGUAUGUAUUCAUAUAUUGCGAAUAUAUCGCAAGAAAAUUCACAUUAUGUAUUACUGUUCCGAUUUUGCUCCUCAGUGUAAGUAAUACAAUAUUUAAUAAAUUUAAACAAAAGUUGCAGUACAUACCGACGGACUUUUAUUAAAAUGUGUGUGCUAUCUAAAUUAAAUUAUCGCGUCCUCCUUAUGCUUCUAUAAAAAAUAUUUUCUGUUGUUUUUUUAUGAUAACUUUUUCCAAAAACACAAAAUAUCUGUUGAACGAUGUGCGUAUUGCUCCCCUAUCAAUCAAGGAGGCAUCACUUUCUGGUCCUAAUCAUGCCUCAGGGAACAUUCUUUAGUUUCUCGCUUAGGAGAUCUCCCAUGUGACUCCCAAGCUAUUGGUAAAGGAGUACAAACCCGACAAAUCUCUCUUAUUGCUCCGAAAUCAGAUCAAGGAGAGUAGUUUUUUAUUCCUCGCAUUGGGAGAUCGCCCUUCAAGUUCUAGAGGGUUCUUCAUCGAAGCACAUACGUACGUAUAUAGUUACCGUAGUGUGUGUACAAUACAUAAAUAAAGCCAAAACGCUUACAUUUUUAAUGACCAGCGAACGUUGGCCGGCAGCUCACUGUCCGGAGAUAACUACAUAUUUCAAUUACCAAAUUGGCACAGUAGUAAAAAGUUAAAAAUAAAAAACAACAUUGCAAAACAAUUUAAUAAAUGUCAAGUAAAAUGGCGACUUCAAAAUUUUAUUCUGUCUAUUUGAAUAAAGCUACAGCAUUAGCAUUGGCUAUAUGCUUUAUAAUGCCACCGACGGCGGAAAGUGUUGGCGAAAAUGUAGUUUUGGACUUUUUUGAACAAUUACGUGUACGCAUGUGCCAUCCGAUGCCGCAGUUGGGAUUACCUGCUUUGGAUCCUCUUCAAAUCACGCAUGUCGAGGAGGAAAUCAAUAAUAAAUAUUUGAUAGAUUUCAGAGGCUCUGUAACGGAUUUUAAGAUUACUGGCCUCUCGGAUUUUACCAUAAAUGAGCUCAGAAUUUCUACAAUAAGGAAAUCUAUUUUCAAUAUCACCCUACCAAUGACGGCACUACAAGCUAUUUAUGCAGCUAAAGGGUCAGUGGCAUAUAUAGUUAAUUUAGCCGGCGAUGGCGAUGCUGAAGCUCAUCUAAAGGAUUUGAGUUUGAGAAUCUCAUUUAAUUUAAAAUCUGGAAAAUAUCUUGGCAUACGAAAUUUGAGCAUUAAGAUCACAGUUGGUGAGCUUUACAUCGAUUUUGAAAAUUUACUUGAAGACGAGCGGAUAAAUGAUUUCUUCCAUGCAUUGGUUAACGAAUUAGGCCUGGAGCUUUUGGCAGAUCUAUGGACAUAUGAACAAGGUUUUUUGGAGGACUAUAUUCAAGAGAGCGUCAACAUUCAUAUUGGUCAAUAUACGUUAAGCGAUAUUAUUAAAAUAAUUGGUGGUAGUGGUGAUGGCGAGCCAAUAUUUGGUAGCGGGCCACCAGGUGACUGCAGGGAAAACGCAACUUUUAAUGCUUCCACAUAAAAAUAAGCAUCACAACACUGAAAAAGCUUGGUACCGAAGAGUUAGUGGCGUUAUAAAUACAUAAUUGUAUAAUACUAAAUACUAUGGCUGCGUUUCUUUAUACAUUCAGGAUAAACCCAUUUCACAACCAGAAUAAACAGAAUGCCAUUGAAAUAUACGUUUACAUAUCAUCAGGAACGUUCUAAAGAAUAAGUAAACAAAAA